AUGGAAAUAAUAAAUGGAAAGAAAUUAGGAGGAUUCGAUGAUCUUUGUUAUAGACUUGAUAAUGAAGCAGCACCAUUUGUUAUGACAUUAAUAUGGACAUUUGAAGAAGAUAAGGUGAAUAUAUCAUCAGUGAAAUCCGAAUUUGAAUCUUUGAUAAAAAAAUUUCCUCGUUAUUCAUGUGUAAUAGCUGAUGAUAAUUCUUUCACGCGUUAUCGAUGGAAAUAUAUUCCAAAUUUUAAUGUGGAUGACAAUAUUGAAGUACACGCAUUAUCGACCGGUACAUUAAAUGAAUUCCAAGUGUAUGCGUCAGAAUGUGCAUCAUCAAGAUUAGAUAAAACUAAGUCACUUUGGAGGGCUUAUAUAGUUUAUGGUUUAGAUUAUGAGGAUGAAAGAGAUGGAAAUGUUAAGAAACAACGUUCAGCUUUAAUUGGUCCAAUGAAACCAAUCAUAUUCACUGGUCAAAAAGUCGAAAGAUUUAUAGCAGUACCGCCACAACCUGGGCCUGGAGGUUUGGGUAUCGGGAUAUUAUCUUAUGAUGGUAAAGUCUCAAUAUCAAUAUUAAGUAAUGAAAUGCCAAAAUAUCCAAAUAUUUCAAAACGUAUUUCGCAAUUAUUUAUUAAUGAAUGGGAGAAAAUAUUACACGAUGCUAAACUUGAACUUAAGAAAGAAAACAAUAGCAUAGAUCCAAAAAAAAAUGAUUUGAACAGCAUGAAAAAAUAUUGGCAUUGGUUAUCGUUAUCAAUUGGAUUUUUAUCUCUAAUUCUUCUUUUUAUUGAUAAACAAUAG